GCUCAGGUCUGGUCUCGGUGGGCGGGGCGGUGGACAGAACAGAGGCGUCGCCAGGCGGAGGGCCAGCCCCGGCUCAGCCUUCCGCAUCCACUGGUGGGGACUGUCGCGAGCGUGCGAGGAAGCCGUUGUUUUUCCGAGUCGCUCUCUUUCAGGCUCGGUCCGGUUAUUGGCAUGGCCCGUGGAAAUCAACGAGAACUUGCCCGCCAGAAAAAUAUGAAGAAAUCCCAGGAAAUUAGCAAGGGAAAAAGAAAAGAUGAUAGCUUGACUGCCUCUCAGCGAAAGCAGAGGGACUCUGAGAUCAUGCAACAAAAGCAGAAAGCAGCUAAUGAGAAGAAGUCUAUGCAGACAACACAAAAAUGAUGACUGACUAUUUGGAACACUUGGGUGCUACUGCCAACUAGGUGUAUCAUAAACUCUAUGAUCAAGAUUUUGUAGAGUGAACAGUCAUUACAUAUGUUAUAACAUAUCCUUAUAAAACUGUUUUAAACUUUACCUUCAGCCUGACUUAGUGUGAUGUUUCAGAACCAUUCUUCAAAGAAUAAAACACACCAUUCAUGUGA